GGCCUCGCAUUGACACAAAUAAAAUAAAAACAAACAACAGUGUGUUCAACUGCGAGUUGAAAAUGGUUGCAAUUUAUCAACAGGCCAUGUAGAAAAUAGUUUCCAUAGUUUAUUGUGAAUUAACUAAUUAAAAAUUUAAACAAUGUCGUGUACGAUCAAAACAGAAUUCAAUGGUUACAAAUGUGGCUUCGGAAUGUGUCGACUUUGCCUGAGUGAAGAGUCUUUAGAAGAUGUUUUCGAGCAAGAUGAACUUAAUCAAUGGAUAUCGAAUUUUCUCUCAAUUACGAUAUCUGUCGAAGACCACUUCAGUCAAACUAUCUGCUCUAUUUGUCGAAUGCGGUUGAUGGAAUUUAACCAGUUUCGAUUGCGAUGCCUGGAAGUGCAAGGAGUAUUACAAUCUAUGAUUAAACCAGAGAAUGUUACAUUUGGAAAAACAGAGGCGCAAACGGCGCUCCAAGAAGCUAAAUCAGAACCAUGUUCCAUGAAAAAUGGGUACACGAUACUUCACAAAGCAUCUGCCAAUAGUGACAACGACGAUAUGGAAGACAUAAUUGAGGCAGAAGCAAUAAAAAUUGAACCUCGUGAAGACGAUGAUCUUGUUGCGGAUAACAAUCCUGCAAGUGCAAUGGAGAAAAUUGAUCCAGACGAAAGGCAAACGGCUUGUGAUAUGAAACAUCAGUGUGAUGUAUGCCUUAAAAUGUUUUCAAAUAAAAAGAAACUUUCUUGCCACAGAAGGAUUCACAAAGCAAAAGAAUUUGUAUGUACAGUUUGCGAAAAGCCUUUUGCAUUACGCUGGAAACUCCAAACCCAUAUGAUCACGCAUGAGGCGAAAUUGACAACAGACGGGAAUAUCGCUCGACCAUACACGUGCGAUAUCUGUCAGAGAGGGUUCCGGAACAGAGAAUCGAUACGAGUGCACUACACAGAAGUGCACGGACCAAAAAACCACGAGUGCCACAUAUGUGGACUUAGAUUUCAAAAACGGAGCGCAAUGGCAAUUCAUAUGAAGCAUCACAUUGCUCGUAGUGAAACCAAAGAGGAGUAUCUUCUUGUAAAAGAGUUACGUCGAAAAAAAACUAGCGAGAUCUGUAAUAAUGGUAUUGAGGGCGAGCAACAAAUAGACGGAGAAUCGUCGAAACAUAUUCACCAUGAUGAGGUCGCAUCCACUCGAACGGGUGAAACGAAAAGGCUGGAAUGCGUAAAGUGUCACAAGAUGUGUCAAACUAUGAGAGGUCUAUGGCAUCACUUCAAACUUGCCCACCAGAGAAAAUUUAAUUGCUCCAUGUGCAAGGGAGCGUUCGCAACGAAGAAACUUCUGGACGCUCAUGUCUUGAAAAUUCAUAAGCCAAAAGAUGGCGAAUAUCAAUCACUGGAAUGUCUGCCGUGUAAUAAGAAUUUUUCAUCCAUAUCUCGGCUCAACCAACAUAUGCGCAUACACCAACCGAAGACGCUUAGUUGUAAAGUUUGCAAUCGAUUGUUUAGAAGAGAGAGCGCACUGGCAUUUCAUAUCAAGCAUCACAUUACUCGUGGUGAAACAAAAGAGGAGUAUCUUCUUUUAAACGAGUUACGUCGAAAUAAAACUGGCAAGAUCUGUGAUAAUGGUAUUGAGGACGAGCAACAAACAGAAGGCGAAUCGUCGAACCAUAUAUACAAUGAUGAGUUCGCAUCUACUGGAACGGAUGAGAAGAAAAGGCUGGAAUGCGUAAAGUGUCAUAAGAUUGACGAGAUUAAGACAAACAAUUCGAUGGAACCUAGACGUGAGGAUGAGGUUUCAGAAAUGCUUCAAGAAGUUGAAAAUGGACCUUACGACGAUACGGCUUCUCGAAAUGGGACACAUGGAAUUGAGACCAAUAGAAUUUCAAGUUUAUCAAUGACGAUUGAAUUUGCAACGCCGAGUAUAGUUAAGCAAGAACAAAGUCCAGAGCCAUCACCAGAUGUUAAAGAAACUGAUAUGGAAACUUCCAAACAAUCUGCAGAAGAUGAACAUCUAGUCGAUGAUAUGAUAACUAUUUAUGAAGUGAAAGUGGAAUCUGAUGAAGAUAAUAUUGGUGUUACAGAAUCAGGAAACAGUAAAGAUCAGGAAUCUAGUGUACCUGGAAAAGCUUGCACAAGCGGAAACACCAAUGAUGCAGGCAUCUACGAACUUGUAAAAUCGGAAAACGAAAUAUACACAAUUCAAUCUGUACAAGAUCAUCAGUGUGAAGUGUGUCUAGUUUUUCCGGACAGUAUGGAACACUCACGACAUAAAAGAUUGCACAAACCAAAAAAACAUGUGUGCAAAACUUGCGGAAUGUCUUUUGCAAUACGGUACAACUUACAGAGACACUUGCAAACGCACGUGCCGCUGAGCGAACGCCCCAAAGAACCCGUUGGCAUGUUCGAAUGCAAAUUGUGCUCAAAAACGUUUAAAUUCAAGCACCGAUUAAGGCAGCACCUCAGCCAAGUUCACAGACCGAAGACACUUGCGUGCCACAUAUGUGAUCUGAAGUUUUCACUACGGAGCGUUAUGUUGAGGCAUUUACGAUUGCAUACAGCUCAUGGUGAUACCAAAGAAGACUUUGCCCGAAGACAACGAAAGCAACAAAAAGGCACAUCCGGCAAUGAAGACGUCGAGGGAGAGUUCAGCAAAAAUCUAGUAGAAGUGUGCUGCGACCAGCGGAGUUUUUGGUGUCACUACGCUUUAACACAUCAGAAAUAUUUCAAGUGUUCAAUGUGUGACGCAGCAUUUGGAUCAAGCAGUGGAACUGGUACGUGUAUAGUGACGGAUGGUUCCGCCGUAAAAUCUGCCGGAGUAGGCGAAGGCACGCUGAACUGUAUCGAUGGUAACGGUGAAGUGAAUGAGGUAGUCAUGAGGGAAGUGCUGGACGCUCCGGGACUGGACAGUGGACUGAUUUCGGUCCGGAAACUUGCUCAGAAAGGACUGAGUGUGAACUUUGACAAAGCUAAGUGCGAAAUAAUUAGCCUCGGAAGAAGAGUGGAAGCCGUUGCUGAUCUCCGUGGAGGACUGUAUGCCUUGAGAGUUGCAGAAGAAAAGGAGCGGAAUUGGCGUACGGGCGUGCAAAUGCAAACUGCGGAUCAGGCUCAGUUUCACCAGCUGCUAAAUUCCCUGCUCUCGACCGACAACGAAGUGCGAACCCAAGCCGAGGAAACCUUUAACAGCCUACCAAGCGAAGGCAAAGUGACACACAAAUGCUACCGAAGAAGUUCGGAUGAUGGCAAACGUUCGUUGAGACGAUUAUUCUCCGCUGAGUUCCAGGACUUCUAUAACCCGCUGCCCCCGGAAUCGGAGAAACAGCUAAAGCAGCAGGUUCUGCUGACGCUGAAACAGAACGAAAGUCCCAGCCUGCGUCGAAAAAUCUCAAUUAAGGUAGAUCUGGCGGCGGUGGAAUCAUCUAAUAAUGAGAACACUCAUGCAAUUUGUCGACUAUGUAUGAGCGAAGAGUUACUUGAAGAUGUGUUCAAUGAGGAUAGUGUCCGUUCCUGGAUUUCAAAUUAUUUGUCGAUUGUGAUAUCCACCGAGGACCUCUUGAGCCAUGUAAUUUGUGCGAUAUGCCGAAUAAGGUUGGCUGAAUUUCAUCAUUUCCGGAUACAUUGCCAUGAAGUGCAGAGCGUAUUGGAAGCUAAGCUUCCUAAAGUGAUUGCUAAAGGUAGAGAAAUAAGUCAUCCACCUGUUAAGAACACUGAAACCCAAACAAUAGGAUACAAAACAAGCAGCGGACCUGUGCAGUGUAAAGUAUGUGGAAAACAUUUCAGCAAUAAAAAAAUAUACUGGAACCACAUCAGGAUCCACAGACCCAAGAAACAUUCGUGCACCAUUUGUGACAAAUCGUUUGCAUUACGAUCUGCCCUGAUACGCCAUAUGCAGUAUCACGAGAAGCAAAGGUUCAAGAAUCAAUGGCAAACCUGGAAGGUAAAAGGAAAUAUUACAUCGGAAUCGAAAAACGCCCACAGUAUUACACAACAUGAUUCAAAGUCAGAUAACAAGCUUCCAGUGAAAAUAGAAAGCCAAACGGAAUACACUGUGAAUGCAACAAACGAGGCCAACAAACACGGAUCCGACCCUCUUCAAUGUAAUAUAUGUCAGAAGAAAUUGUUGACUAAGCAGAGAUUUGUUUUUCACCUGAAACGCGUUCAUGGACCAAAAAUACAUGGAUGUGACAUCUGUAAUUUGAAAUUUAGUAUCAAAGGGGACCUAUAUAGCCAUUUUCGUUCAAAUUCACACUUAAGAAAAUUAACUGAAUUACCGAGUACUAAGAUUAAAGUGACAACACCUGAACUGAAAGUAAAAGAUGACACGAGCAACGGUGUAAGUUCUACAUGUGCACCAACACACGUUAAAGAAAUAGACAAUGAUUUUACUGGUGCUAACGAUAAAACUCAUAGCCAGAACGGAAACGAUGGCCAGUCAAUUGCCAUAAAAGUUGAAGAGUUGACGAUAGCUGAUGAAGCUGACGAGCCUGAACGAAGGGAGACUUCUGCCGCCACUAAACGGGACGAAGAAAGCAAUAGGAGGAGCCCGUUACAAAAGCACCCCUCACUGCAUAGUGAUAGUCUUCUUGAGUGUGAUAUAUGCCACAAGACCUACCUAUACAAGAAGGCACUCACGGCACACAGGAACACACAUGAACUAGAAGAGUAUACAUGUCAUAUUUGCGAGCAGAUGUUUUCUUCAAGAAUACAGUUAGAUAAGCAUCUUUUACUCCAUGGACUAGAGCAAGCUACUGUGAAAAUGUUUCAUUGCGGAAUAUGCCAAAAGAAUUUCAACAGCAGACUUAGAUUGUCAGAACACAAGAAACAACAACAUGACGCAAGGAAACACGUUUGCAACAAAUGCGGCAAAACAUUUGUAUAUCGCUACCAACUAGAUAAUCAUUUGCGAGUGCAUGAACGCUCAGCAAAAAUCCAGAAUGAAAAGGGUGCGACCAUAUUCAAAUGCGGUAUCUGCCAGAUAACACGCAAUAAUCGCCAUAAAAUGGCAGAGCACAUGAAGUCCAAGCAUCAAAUGAGGAAACAAGUUUGCUCCAUAUGUGGACAAAGAUUUGUUUAUCGACACCAAUUGGCUCGACAUUUGCUAUUACAUGAACGCAGACUGGAAACCCAGCAAAAUACGCAUGUUUGUGACAUUUGUCAAUGCGCCUUCAACCUUGAAAGUUUGUUGAAACGUCACAAAAAAGAUGUACAUGGAAUCAAGCCAUAUCAAUGUCAUAUUUGUGAUUCCCGAUUUUUAUGGCGAUCUCGUUUAUCUGUACAUCUGCUGACGCAUGACUCAAAGGAGUUCCAUCCACUACAACAAACGUUCGAUACAAAAUCCAAUCAAAAAGAGAAAGAUAAUGUACAAAUAACGUCCGGGACACCUAAGAAAUGCAAAAAAUGUCCAAAGAAGUUUCAAAGCAUAAUAUCAUUAUGGUUCCAUAAAAAACAUUCGCAUAAACCAAAGUACAAGUGUACAAUGUGUUACGGAGCUUUCACAUCAAGCACACUUUUGGAUAGGCAUAAGAGGACCAAACACAGACAGGCGGAGGGCUGCUCCUUACCAAUGGAAUGUGUUCCGUGCAACAAAGUUUUCACAACCACAAGUCAGCGCACAUCACACAUACUGAAACAUAUGCCAAGAAAACGUUCCUGCCAAAUUUGCAACAAACAAUUUUUGAGCGCCAAUCGUUUACUAAACCACGUGAAAAUGAUUCAUAAUGCUGAUAGCGGGAAUGACUCAGAAGACAAUCCCGAACCGGCUACUGUACAGAAUACUAACGUCGAAGUGAUAGUGAAAGAUGAGCCAGUCGAAAUUUGUGAUGAGCUCAGUUGAAAGCCAUUUCCAGUACGAUUCGAAUGUUCACACAAAUAUCACUUGAAACAGUGACAUUUAGGUUUAUUCAAAAGCUUAUUCAAGUUAGCAAAGCAGUAAACAAUGAACAUUCAAAUGAGUAUAAUCAUUGUCAUUUGAACUGAUUCUGUGAAGAACAUCUCAGUGAUGUUAAGUACAGCACCUGAAUAAAAAAAAACACUUGCAACGUUAA